GAAUAGGUAGAGACGAAGAAGAAGGCAAGACGAAGACAGAAGAACGACGAGGAGAGUGCAACGACUACGAGUCUCUCUCUCUCUCUCUCUCUCUCUUUCUUUCUCUCUCUCUCUUUCUCUUUAUAGUGCAAUCAAGGGCGUAGAUAACGCAUUAAUAAAACGUCGAAAAUGUUCUCCGGUUUAACGAACCAAGUUUCAAAUUGGAUGGGAAAGAAAGCUGAGGAAGUUCCAGAACUUCCACCGGAGGAGAAGAUUCCACCGGUCGAAGGUGGCGAACUUGUCGAGGGCGAGAAAAAAGACAGUCCCACAAAAGGCAGCAAGUUCGACAUGCUGGUUGGUGUAAAAUCUCAAAUGACUGGCUGGCUCAGUGGUGGUAUUCCAGGAUUGAGUCGUGGUGGACCGAAUGACACUAAUAAUCCAGUACCACCAACGGAAACGAAUGAAAUUCAGAACGUACAGAAUCCCCAGGAGAUCACGACAGAGCAAACGAAGGAUGACGAUGCCAGCAGUGCAACUGGCGGAGCAGAUAGUGGUCCUGGUAGUCUAGGAGGGACACCGACCGAGGACAAGGAAGGACAACAACCUUUCGGUGCUGUUUCGACAAAAGCAUUGGCAGGCGCGAAGAGUCUCGGAGGAUUUUUGUACAGCGCUGUGAACAAGGCCGGCAAGACAGUGGUCGAGGCCAGUGUGAAAAUCAAGAAGACGGUUGAAGAAAACAGAUUGAUUGCCGAACUCAAUAAAGAGCAAGAGGCUUUCAUCGCAAGUAAGCAAGAUGGAAAGGGCGAAGCAGUUGCCCCAUGGGUUGGAGCACCGAACGAGGAUGUGUUGCGCGAGGAAUGUCUGUCUCUAUCUACGGAACGCCGUAACUUCACGAGAGCACCACCACCCGACGUUGAAUUCGCUUGGGAUUUCGAGGCCAUUCAGCCUGUAGCACGAGCCACGCUUGCCCUGGAUCCUAAUCUCGAGAAGAUGAGAUACGAAUUGGUUCCGAAAGUCGUAUCGGAGGACGAAUUUUGGCGCAAUUAUUUCUACCGAGUGUCGUUAUUGCGACAGAGCCACGAGCUUAAUGCGAUGGCCAACCAACAGCAAAGCGAAAACCCCAAUCAAAAUCUCAGCACCACUGAUAGCAUGGAUCAUACUCAAGUUCAAGUGACCACUGGCCAAGAAACGAGCAGCACUGUGACGACGGGCAAUAACAACACGUUGGCCGAUUCACCAGGUCACGAAUUCGUUUCCGAUAGUAUGAGGGUCUCGGACACGGACCUUGAGGAGGUUCGAGAAGGCAUGAAAAAGCUGGGAAUGCAACCAUCGAAAGAACUCUCUUCUCGUUUAUGUUGAGCCUUGCGUAUAUCUCGAGAAAUCUGAUGACGCCUGUCAACUAAACGACCGCUUUCCAUUUCUAUUUUGUCAACAGCCUAAAAAGAAGAGGAGAACUCCCAUAUUGCCAUUAUCCAAAAAGCACACCCCCCCUAUUCUUCAGAGAAUACGACAAGCCUAAACCCUUUUCUUUUAUUAUCAUUUCUCUUUUCCGUUUUCCUUUUCUUUCGUAAAAACGACGAUUUCGGUUUUAAUUUUUCUUUUUUGUUUUUUUUACCUUGAUUUUAAAUUUCCGUGAUAUCACUCAAACGGAACGUCUUUCUUUUUAUUUUUACAUUCAUUACCAUCGCGCAUUACAUUCAUUUCUGGACUAUUCAUUAAACGAGUUGUUAUUAUUAUUAUUAUUAUUAUUAUUAUUAUAUUAUAUAUAUAUUAUUAGAAUUACUUAUUUAUUAUUAAUCUUUUUAUUAUUAUUAUUUUUUUAUUAUUUUUCUUUUUAUUAAUAUUAAAUUAUGCACCGACGAUCCUUUUUUCCCAAACGACUCCGUUCGGUUCAUCCUCUCAUUGCCGACAGUCAUCGCGAUUUCAUGUCGGUCAUCUAAUAUCACUUCUAAACUAAUUGAAAGUUUAGGAAUAUUAUUAUGAUUAUUGUUACACCGUCAUCGCUGAUAAUUGUCAUAUUAUUGUCAUAAAUAACCUAGUCAGUAAUAAGAAUUAAUAAUGUUCGAGGUAAUGUAAGAAAAAGAAAGAAACAAACAAACAAACAAAAGAAAUAAAAAAAGCUAACAAACUAUGUAUUAAAGAGCAAGAGAGUGUGGUAUUUAGGAGGUAAUAGAAAGUGUUGUAAUCAAUAUGAGAGGAAUGGUGUGAGAGAAAGGGAGAGAAAGACCUUAGAGACAUUCCCAUAUGGUCGAAGAGAGAAAGAGAGAGCGAGAGAGAGUGAAAGAGAGAGAGAGAGAAACAGAGUGAGAGAGUGGGAGAGAACGUAAUAUACUAUAAUCGAAUAAUUAAAUAAAUGGAAAAAAAUAAAGCAAGCAAACAAACAAAAAACAAGAAAGCCGCCAAGAUAUUCGACUAAAUGUCUUGUAUGUCUGUCCGUUUGUCUGUCGUCUGUCUGUCAAAAAAAAUCUAAUUAAUCUUGUCUCUUCUCGAUUCUCUCCGUGUUGUAAAACGUCAUUUAAAAAGAAGAAAAAAGAAAAAAAAGAAAAAAAAAGGGGGAAAAAAAGAAAAAAAAAACAAAAAAAGGAAAGAAA